GGGUCCAUGAUUUUCUAGCUCUCCUUACAGAAGAAUAAUGAAACAUCUAUUGGGGAUCUUACAUCUCUUCUGGGUGCUGGUGCCCAGUGGGCAAGGAUAUGAUGGGUCUCUAGCACAAAACCAAAAAGAAGUUGGGGAUAUGACAAUGAGUUCAUGGAGGAGCCUAAAGACCUAUUCAUAUAAAAGUUACCACUCAAUGGGUGAGAUCUACCAAUGGAUACAUCAGAUAAGUGAGGAAUACAAGGAAGUGGCAACUAAUCAUUUCCUAGGAAUGACCUAUGAGAACCGGCCUAUGUAUUAUUUGAAGAUCAGCAAAUCAUCUGGAAACCCCAAGAAGAUAAUUUGGAUGGACUGUGGAAUUCAUGCCAGGGAAUGGAUUGCACCAGCAUUUUGCCAGUGGUUUGUGAAAGAAAUCUUACAAAACUAUAAAGCCAAUGCAAGGAUAAGUAGGCUGCUUAGCAACCUGGACUUCUAUGUGCUUCCCGUUCUGAACAUAGAUGGUUAUAUCUACUCUUGGACAACAGAUCGAAAUUGGAGGAAAUCCCGAUCCCCUCAUAAUAAUAACACAUGUUUUGGGACAGAUCUCAAUAGAAACUUCAAUGCAUCGUGGUGCAGUGUUGGAGCAUCUAAAAACUGUGAAGACUUAACAUUCUGUGGGGCAGGACCAGUGUCUGAACCAGAAACCAAAGCUGUUUCCAGCUUUUUAGAGGCCAAUAAGAAGAGCAUUGUGUGCUACCUGACCAUUCACUCCUAUGGGCAGCUCAUCCUCCUGCCUUAUGGUUACACCAAAAAUAAAUCAAGCAACUACGAUGAACUGUUCCAAGUUGGACAGAAGGCAGCAAAUGCAUUGAAAGCAAAGCAUGGAACCAAUUAUAAAGUUGGAUCAAGUGCAGAUAUUUUAUAUGCCACAUCUGGAUCUUCAAGAGACUGGGCUCUGGACAUUGGGAUCCCCUUCUCAUAUACUUUCGAGCUCAGGGAUAAUGGAACACAUGGCUUUGUUCUGCCACAAGAGCAGAUUGAAGCCACCUGUGAGGAGACCAUGGAGGCUGUGCUCUCGAUCCUGGAUGACGUAGACAAGAAAUACUCAAACAGUGCAGGGAAGGUGACAUCCACCACCGUGGUACUGGGCCUGCUCAUGUCCUUUGUUUAUUCCCUCUAA